AUGAAGCUGCAAGGACGAAAAAGUGCUUUUAACACCAACAAAUGCUGCCCUUUGACCAAAAGAUGCAGGAGGAGUCUUCUCCCAAAUACUGCAGCCCCUGAGGUGAGAAUCUGGCUCCUAAGAGGGCAACUUCCUCUCCUGCUGCUGUGCUCAAGUCUGCAGAGACCCACGGUCGCCGUUAAAAUUGACUUUGACUUGGCACCACGUUCCUUUGAUGAUCAGUACCAAGGCUGCAGCCAACAAGUCAUGGAGGACCUGAUUCAAGGGGAUUAUUUUACAAAAGAAGUAGAAUCUCGUAGGAAUUACCACAGGGUCUGGCAACGUGCACACUUAACCUGGUUGAGACAAGGAAAAGCUCUCCCUGAGAACAUGGCUAUUGCGCAUGCUGUGGCCAUCUUGGUUUAUUCAUCGAACGACAGUGUUUGUUCAGACUUCUCCAGAGCCAUGGCCAGUGCUGCUGGGUCUCCCCAGCAAUAUAUACAUUCAUUCCAUUUCAAAUAUCUACACUACUACCUGACCACGGCAAUCCAGCUGCUGAGGAAAGAGAUUGUCACAAGGAAUGACUCUCUGUGUUAUGAGGUGCACCAUGAGGUGAAGGGCGUUUCCUUGGAAGCCCCCAUGGGUGCCACCGUUCGCUUUGGUCAAUUCCUCUCCACCUCUCUCCUGAGAGAAGAGGCACAGAAGUUUGGGAACCACACUCUAUUUACCAUAUUGACCUGCCUGGGGGCACCUGUACAAGACUUCUCUCUCAAGAAGGAGGUCCUGGUCCCUCCCUAUGAGCUGUUUGAAGUUGUAAAUACGAGCUACCACCCAAGAGGAACUUGGUUGCAAUUGCAGUCAACUGGGACCCAGAGCAUAUAUAACUGUCAGCUGCUAAAAGCUUCCAGCAAAAAGUGCAUCCCUACUCCCGUAGUUAUUGCUUCUCUCUUGUUUUUGACCUGUGUCAUCAUCUCUUCCAAAAGUAGAGCAUAA